AUGGUGAAUUGCAACGCCUUUAGCAAAACCAUUUGCUCACUCUGCUACAAAGAUUUCGAUCCCAUUGUUGAGGAUCUCCAAGUCAUCUCCAUCUGCGGCCAUGUCUUCCAUGAGCUCUGUCUGCAAGAGUGGUUCGGGUACUAUGCGAGCAAGAAGAAGUACAGUUGCCCCGUGUGCAAACAAAGUUGCAAGCCAAACGACGUCGCUCGGCUUUAUUUUCAAUGGGGUGAUUCGGGUCUCACUCAGAGGCCGGUUAUCGAACGCGAGGAAGAUUCUGAGGCGUUGCGUCGAGAGGUGAGAAGGUUGGAGGCCAUGGUGCUAGGGCAUGGUUCGGCUUUGGAGCGUAAGGAGAAGGAGGUCAAAGCGCUCAACCAGGAGCUUUAUCUAUCCAAGGAGCAGGUAAAAAAAGAAGUUGAAUUAAAGAAUGAAGCCUUGAAACAACAAACAUCCAUGCAACAGCUGCUUCAUAUGAAAUCUAAGGAAUUUGAUAAAUUGACUAUGGAGUGCUUGAGGUUGCAAGAAAGAAAUAGAGCAUUGGACAAAGAGCUUGCAGCAGUUGAACUGGUAUCUGAUCUAGAUCUGGAUGAAGAGGACGUUCUAAAGAUUGCAGCUCUUGGUAAUGGAGCCGACAACAAAGACACAAUAGAUGUUCUAAGAACGUCCUUGGUGAUGUCUAAUAGGAAUUACAAAGAAUUGAUGGCCAAAUACAAUCUUCUUGAACAGAAAGAAGCUCGUCACAGUACAAAGCUAGAGAAGGCUAGAGGAAAGAUAAAUAAAUUGAAGACGAAGGUAAAAGAAUUGGAGACUGCUGUUGAAGUUAAGAAUACUGAAGUUUUGAGGGCUUUAAAAGCUUCAAAGAAAACUCGAGGUGGAGGAUUUAUUCAGCACGGUGUAAAUCAGGCAGCUUCUGAUAGAAAGAAAGAAACUUCAGUUCUUGGACUGAGCAAUCUGGUUGAGCAGUUGGGUUCAAUAACUGGUACUUGUGCCGAUAUUGCCAAGACUCCUGCUGCUGAUAUUGCUGAUGUUGUGAUUAUUGAUGACGAUGAACAAGUUCAACCCAUGAUGAACAUCAGAAACGAAUCUCCUAUCCCACAACCACUUCCCAGACCAGCGGAUGCAUGCUUUUCUGGUGGCUUGCUUGGUCCUGAUGGAACAAACAGGUAUUUAGGUAAAUGGUGCAAGCAGAAGCAUAAGAACAGAUCGGCAAUAGCGCAAGAUCCAAGCUGUACAAGCUGA